AUGCCAUUCCCACCCACCCCCACCGGCGAGAGCAGCUCCCACUCGGGUAAUUGCCAUUGUGGCGCUGUGCGGUUCAAGUUCACGAUAUCCCCGCCCCUACACGAGUACCCCACCAACAACUGCAACUGCUCCAUCUGCACGAAGAAUGGUUACUUGCUGGUGUACCCGUUCACCAAAGAUCUUACCAUCGAACAAGGCGAGGAUGCGCUGAAAGAUUAUCGCUUUGCUGAGGGCAAGGUGAAGCACCAAUUUUGCGGGGAGUGCGGAAGUAGUUGCUUCAUUCGUCUUCCAGAAGAGGGAUUCCCACCGGUUACUCCCGUCAAUGUACGACUACUACAGGACAUUGAUAUUGAGAAACUGGUUCUCAAUAAGGUUGAUGGAAAGUCCGUUGGGAAAGAGUACAAAGUUUAG